UUUAUGUUAACCCCAUUCAAUAUUGCAUUUCCAGUUUAUUCAUCAGUAUUACUUCAAUUCUCCAGUUGUGUUUAUAAUCAUUUUGUUUGUCAUUAUUAAUUGUACCUAUAUUCUUUAUUUUGCAGUCAUUUUUUUUUUUUUUUUCGUUUUUCCCAACCAGCAUGAAAAUCUUUCCUAUAUCUGCAAAUGAAACCAAGCCAUUACCGUAUGCUGAAGAUGAGGAUAACCACAUCUAUAAGUAUGUUCCUACAGAAAGCAAUGAUGGCAAGAGAAGUAACUCCAAAAGAUCCAAGGUGAAUCCUAGUCCGGUUUAUAAUCCGUUUAAUAUCAGUCGCUGCAAAACCUUUGCCCAACGAAACAGAAGAAGAAAUGUUUCCAGUUGUAUUUCUAGAAAAGCAUCCAGCAAUUCGAUUGAAUCGUUAAGAUUGGAAUCGGAAUUUUCAUUCAACUAUCCAUCGAAUAAUAACAGUGACAGCAGCGAUUUGGAAUCAUUACCUGAUUUAUCAAGUAGUGAUGAUACUACUCCACUAUCUUCGCCGGUUAACCAUUUAAGAACCAAGCACGUUUUCUUACCGGAUGUCUUGGAUAAACCCAAGAGUUUAUUAAAUGAGUUACAAGAAGUUAACAAGAAGCCUUCUAUAUUUGACAUUCCCGAAUUGGUAUAUAAGAUUGUUUCAUACGCUGAAGAAGAGAGGAUUCCACAAGAAAACACCCCGGUUUAUCGAAGACCAUUGAGUUAUAACCAUGCCUUUUUAAUUCAUGGGGACCGUGAACAAGCCCAACGCAUAAUGGUGGAGGAAACCCAAGAGAAUUCAGUCAAUCAAAAACCAGGUUUAUUGUAUAAUUUAUUACAGGUGAAUCAAUUAUUCAAUCAAGUCAGUAAAGAACGACUUUAUUCCAAGAUCUACUUUGACGAUGAGAUUAAAUUUAUCAAGUUUAUUAAUCAUUUGAUUAGUAGUAAACCGGUUGUGAAAAUCAAACCCAAACUAUUUGUUCUUCAUAAGCUUUAUAGUGUCAAGCAAAAGACAUUGGAAGUUUUGAAGAAGUAUAUUGAUUUUUCUCAUUGUGAGUGGAUUGAAAUAUACAUGUGUCCCAAGUUGUAUCCACCAAAGGAAAUGUUGACCAAUUCCCAAUUGAAAAAAUUGGUGAUCACUGGAUCCAAAGUUAUCGACGAUGAGUUUUUAAUUAGGGUGAGCCAAAAUUGUUACCAUUUAAACACCUUGGAUAUCCGAGCUUGUGAAUUGGUUGGCGAUGGAGGAAUUUACCAUAUUGCAAGUAAAUGUACCGAAUUAACCAAUGUGAAUUUCGGAAGAAAGAAUAAAGGAAACUUGAUUACCGAUAGCAGUAUCAAUAAGUUGAUUAAAAACAAUUGCCAAUUGAACACCGUUGGCUUGGCUGGCUGCAACAUCACUGACCGAACCAUUUGGGAUUUGGCCAUUUACUGUAAUGAAUCAUUGAAUCGAUUAUCAUUGAAUAAUUGUCAGCUUGUAACCAACCAGUCCAUUCCGAUUAUAUUAUCGAGUCAUUUCUACUGGAAUAACCUUUCGGUCUUGGAAUUAAGAUUUGUACCACAACUCAGCCAGUUUCAAUCGCUUAUUGAGUUCAAAAGAAGACAAGAGUAUAAAGGUAUAUCCAUUUUGAUUGAAUUAUGUGAAACCCUCAUGAUCAGAUGGAGACAAGAAGAAUUAGAAAUGGAUAAAAUCAUUAGUGAGCAGAUUUUCCAGGAUAUUCUGACCUGGGUUAAUGAAAGUGAUGAUGAAGAUGGUUCAUAUCAAGCUCUACUACAAUUAAGAAGGUUUAGUAUCGUGUAA